CCCAGUGAGUCAGAACCCUGUUGCGUAAAAGGCGUCAACUGCCGAGUCAUGGCUCGGUGUUGUUUAACAUGCAACGCAACAAGGACAACAUCCUGUAACAGCACGAGCAUGCAGGUACACACUUGAUGGUGAAGGUAGCGAUGACAGACAACCGUCCAGCUGUAGCCAUGCUGUUCAUGCAGAGCUACUGUGAAGCCAAUGCCUCCAUCUCCCACACCUGGGUGGAUCAAGGCAUCUCCCCGUGCUUCUACUUCACACUGGUCCCCACCAUCCUGCUCACCAUCGCCUUCUUCCUCGGCACCAUCCACUGCAUAUUCUACCAGAAAUAUGGCACGGAGAUGGAACCCAAGUUCAUCCCACGCUCGCGCCUCUACGGUUUCCAGCUGGCCAUGUCCGUCCUUCUCCUGAUUCAGUUCCUGGGUGGGAUGGUGUGGCGGGCUGCCAGCGGAGGAGAGCUCCCAGGCUAUGUGGUGUUAUACGGCUGCUUCUCUGCGCUGGGCUGGGCUUGGUCUAUAGCUCUGCUCAGGGUGGAGAGACGCAGGGCACUGUUGAUGGACCGGACAAGGGGCCACAGCGCGGCCCUGCUGCUGUUCUGGGCCGUGGCGUUCUCAGCUGAGAACUUGGCCUUCGUCUCCUGGUACAGCCCUCACUGGUGGUGGGGUUUGGAGGACAAUCAAGAACAGGUGCAGUUCGCCCUGUGGCUGAUGCGCUACACAGGCACCGGGCUGCUCUUCUUCAUUGGCCUCAAAGCUCCCGGGUUGCCACGGAGACCAUACAUGCUGCUGAUAAACGAAGAUGAGCGGGACGUAGAGAGCAGCGGACAGAGCCUUUUGGGCCGAACAGAAGAGAACCAAUCUACCUGGCAGGGUUUCAGGAAGAAAGUGCGCAUGCUUGUUCCCUACAUGUGGCCCCGGGGCAACAUUUACCUCCAGCUGCUGGUCCUCUUCUGCUUAACGCUGCUGGGAAUCGAGAGGGCCAUUAACGUCUUCGUGCCCAUUUACUACAAGAAUAUUGUGAAUGAACUGACUGAUGGCAGCAGCUGGCGCACUCUGUCUACCACCGUGUGUAUUUAUGUGCUGCUCAAGUUCAUGCAGGGCGGCGGUGCAGGUGCCUCAGGUUUUAUCAGCAACCUGCGCUCGUUCCUGUGGAUCCGGGUGCAGCAGUUCACCAACCGCGUGGUUCAGGUGCGACUGUACGCCCACUUGCACGCCCUCUCCCUGCGCUGGCAUCUGGGCCGCAAAACCGGGGAUGUGCUGAGGAGCAUCGACCGCGGCACGUCCUCCAUCAACAGCCUGCUCAGCUACAUAGUGUUCAGCAUCAUCCCAACCAUGGCUGAUAUUGUCAUUUCCAUCAUCUACUUCAUCACUUACUUCAAUGCCUGGUUCGGCCUUAUCGUCUUCGUCUGCAUGGCCAUGUACCUCACUCUGACCAUCAUCAUCACCGAAUGGAGAACCAAGUACAGGCGAGACAUGAAUCAGCAGGACAACAAUGCCAAAUCCAGGGCGGUGGACUCCUUGUUGAACUUUGAGACGGUGAAAUACUACAACGCAGAGAACUAUGAGGUCGGCCGCUUCGAGGAUGCCAUCUUAAAAUAUCAGGUGUCGGAGUGGAAGACCCAGGCGUCCCUGGCCUUCCUCAACCAAACACAGAACCUCAUCAUCGGAUCAGGCCUGCUGGCCGGCUCCCUGCUCUGUGCCUACUUUGUGACAGAAGGAAAGUUUCAGGUUGGAGAUUUUGUUCUAUUUGGUACCUACAUCAUCCAGUUGUACACCCCCCUCAACUGGUUUGGAACCUACUACAGAAUGAUCCAGAAUUCUUUCAUUGACAUGGAAAGCAUGUUCAAACUUUUCGAGGAAGAGGAAGAGGUGAAAGAUGAAGUCAAUGCAGGGAGUCUUCAAUACAAACUGGGAAAAGUGGAGUUUGAGAACGUUUACUUCAGCUACACAAAUGGCAAGGAGAUCCUCAAAGAUGUUUCCUUCACUGUACUUCCAGGACAGACGGUUGCCCUGGUGGGACCGUCAGGCUCUGGGAAGAGCACCAUCAUGCGACUCCUCUUCCGCUUCUAUGACGUUCAGGGAGGCAGCAUCAGCAUCGAUGGGCAGGAUAUAUCUAAAGUGAAGCAGAGAUCUCUGCGAGCUCAUAUCGGCGUGGUUCCCCAGGACACUGUGCUCUUCAACGACACCAUCCGGGAUAACAUCCGCUACGGCCGCAUCUCCGCUAGUGACCAGGAGGUGGAGGAGGCCGCUUUGGCUGCUGACAUACAUGAUAAAAUCAUGACUUUCCCUGAAGGUUAUGAUUCGCAGGUGGGUGAAAGAGGUCUGAAGCUGAGUGGAGGAGAGAAGCAAAGGGUGGCUAUCGCCAGAACCAUCCUCAAAGCACCGCAGAUCAUCCUGCUGGACGAGGCCACAUCUGCACUAGACACACAGACAGAGCGCAACAUCCAGGCGUCACUGGCUAAAGUCUGUGCCAACCGUACAACCGUUGUCGUGGCUCACAGGUUGUCCACCAUAAUCGGAGCAGACCAGAUUCUGGUUAUCAGCGACGGCCACAUUGCUGAGCGAGGACGACACGAGGAACUGCUCGUCAAAGGAGGCUUGUACUCCGACAUGUGGAUGAUACAGCAGCAGGCCCAGGACUCGGACUCCUCGUCAGACACGGAAGCCAAAGACAUCACGUCUGAGAAACUGCAGCCGCAGUCGACCUCUUCAGGCCACUGAAUGUAUUUAUAACUUUUUUUUAGUAUUGUCAAACUGAAUGUGCGAUCGCAGGUCAUGGAGGAAAAGGGAAGGUGCCUUAACCAAACGGAGGAGGUACGAACAAUCUGUCCAAAUGUACCUAAAGACUUUUAUGGUUGUAAUUAUGGUCAAGGUUUGUAUGAAGGGAUGAGGCAAAAAGAUCAAAUUAUUAGCGCAUCAUAAUAUGUAUUUCAAGCCUUUAUUUACGAAGCUAAAUAAUGAAAAGAAGUGCAUGUCGUCUCAUGCCUUCAUCCGGGGGACACCCUGAAUUUUUUUUAUUAAUUUUGAGGAUAUUAUUAUUUUUAGAAAACACUCCUGACAUCUUUUUAAUGUUUAUUUUUGUUAGUUUGUGCUGUCAACUAAAAGCAAAAGCGUUUUCUUAAUAAUCUCUGACCUGACUUAGAUUAUUUAAAGAUACAAAAGGGAGAGUUGCAAGAAAUAAGGGAAUAAAAAACACACUAAUCACACUACAUCGCGCAUAAAUGAUAACUCAUUUUAUAUGAAUGACAAUGGAUUGGUAUACAAGCUGUCAGGGAUUUUAUUCAGCUUUGUUUUAUUUUUUAAGUUUUUGGUAGUCGAUUUCUGAGCUCUGCUGUUAUUUAAGUUGAAAGUGGCACUUUAAAAUGUGUACGCGUCUUUAUACUUUUCAUCACUACGGUAAAGCAGGGUGUGUUGCUCGUCUCAUCUGAAUUGUUGUCAAGGAUACACAAAAAGUAAAGGCUAUUGUGAACAUUUUUAAAAACUGUUUUAGUCUGGCUGAUGUACAUAUAAAGCUGUACCAUCAUAUAAAGAUGUACCAUCAAACUAAAUACUCCAUGCAGUAAUAAUACCCACCAUUAUUCUCACUUAAUGUCAUAUAUAAGUAUUUGCAGUCAUAUACAUAAUUUCUGAAUAAGAAUUUGCAAUCAUUUGAUGUUUUAUAUCUACCUCACAAAAAGUUGUUUGUGAGUAUUAUGUUUUAUAAAUAUUCUGUUUUGUCUUGUACAUCUGAAAAUAAAAGGUUUUUUUUCCAUGA